AUGUCACCAUCAAGACUCUUCCAACCACUGAAGCUUGGCAAUGUCCAGCUCUCCAACCGUAUUGCACUAGCUCCUCUUACUCGAAUCCGUGCCGACGAUAAUCAUGUGCACCUCCCGAUGGCCGCAGAAUAUUACGCUCAGCGUGCAUCUACACCCGGCACCCUUCUCAUAUCAGAAGGCUCCUUUAUCGCUCCCCGAGCAAGUGGUAUACCCAAUGUUCCAGGCAUCUGGAACGAGGAUCAAAUUGCAGCUUGGAAGAAAGUUACAGACGCCGUCCAUGCAAAAGGCUCAUCUAUGUACCUCCAGCUGUGGGCCCUUGGUCGCGCCGCAUCCGCGCAAGUCCUAUCGGCAGAAUUGGGUGCGGAUGGUAAAGUCAAAGGCCCCGGCGAUAUUCCCUUUGAAGGCGGCGACCAACCGGAAGCGUUGUCGGAACAGGAAAUCCAGGAGUACAUUGGUCUGUACGCACAAGCGGCGAAAAAUGCCAUCGAGGCGGGCUUCGACGGCGUUGAGAUCCACAGUGCGAACGGAUAUCUGAUUGAUCAAUUUGUCCAGGAUGUGAGCAACAACCGAACGGAUGCUUGGGGUGGCAGUGUGGAGAAGAGAGCCAGGUUUGGGCUGGAGGUUACGAAAGCCGUCGUUGCCGCCGUAGGCGCUGAAAGGACUGGCAUCCGCAUAUCACCCUUUAGCACGUUCCAAGGCAUGAAAAUGAAGAGCGAUGCUUUAGUGGAACAAUUCUCCUACUACACCAGAGAGUUGAAGAAGUUCAACCUUGCCUACCUCCAUAUCAUAUUGCCACGAGUUUGGUGGAGGGAAGAAGGGCCAGACCUUGAAGAAAGUACCGAGUCAGUUAACUUCUUGGUCGAUAUAUGGGACAAUCAAAGUCCCGUCCUCCUCGCUUCAGGUUACAAGACAGAAUCGGCGUACGCUGCUGCUGAUGUCGAGUAUAAGGAUAAAGAUGUAGUGAUUGUUUUUGGGCGUUUAUUCAUUUCGAAUCCUGAUCUAGUCUUCCGGGUCAAGGAAAGGAUCGAACUCACACCUUAUGACCGAAGUAAGUUUUAUUUGCCGAAACAAGCGCUUGGCUACACGGAUUGGCCAUUCAGCAAGGAAUUUGAGCAGGCCCAGGCAGCUGGGAAAAUAUAG